AUGAAGAGAACAACACCAGUCUCGUUAAAGUCAAUCCUGAGUGGCAAUCCUAUUAAGAAACCUAAAUUAGAAAACAAAAACAAAAACAAAAUUGAUGGUAAGACACGCUUGAACAAACCUGAACCAAACGUCGUUGAUUUAGAGAGUUCAACAUUAUCGAAUGCUACAGAUGAUGAGGUAAGUUUGAUUGGUGUCGGAGCGUCUUCCUCUCCGUCAUCUCCUCCCUCUAUCCUAAGUAGUACAGUGCAAUUGAAUAGUUCUAGACAACAUAUAAUUCCGGAAGGUGAUAAUGUGAAGUGUCAAACCAUGAAGAGUUUUUUGAUGAAGAAAAAACCUGUCAAUGAGAUCAAAAAAAUUGAACCAACAGUCAUAUCUUUAGACGAUGCUUCUGACGAUGACACAAAUAAUGAGAAUAGUAACGUCAUAGAUAUAACAAAGAUAUCAUUACAACCGAGUAAAUUAUCAACUAACACUUCUGUCAAAAGAACGAACCUUAAAAAUUUGUUCGCUGCAUUUGGGAAACUUACACCAGAACACCAACUUCCUCGGUCUAAUGGUACUAUAAAGAGAUAUAACGAUAUCUCUAAAUUGCAACAAAUUGAUGCACCAUUUCCUACUCAACAGUUGAUUGAACCUUCUAGCACAGCAAGUGCCUCGAGAGAUAUAGUCAUCUUAAAUUUACAUCGUAGAUCCAAGCCUAUCAACAUUAAAGACGAUAUCAGUGAAAAUCAUGGUGGUUUUUCAUAUUCUGAAUAUGAAUCGUUAAAUAGGAAAGAUAAUUUAAGGAAUGAUACAAAUAAUAGUAAAGUUGUUUCUUAUACAAUUGGUCCUAACAAAUAUUCCCAACAGUGGCCUGAGCUUAUGAAACCAACAACAUUAAAGAGUGUUUUACUAGAAACAAAAUUGAAACAAAAUAUUUCGAAGUGGAUUGAUAGUUCUAUUAGUAAAUUAAAAAAACCUACUACUAGAAAUACGUUAUUAAGAACAUAUAAAGAGGAAGUCGAUGAAUUUAGGAAUUUUGUAAUCCAAGAUGAUCAUGACAGUGAUACCGACAAUGGUGGAGCAAAUACAAAUGAUGGAACCCUAGAAGAGUUCAUCCCUCUUUCUAUCCUACAUGGAGAAGGGAUUGGGAAGGAUACCUUAAUAUACACUAUUGCAAAGGAAAAAGGAUAUCAAAUAUAUGAAGUCAACACUUCGCAAAAUAGAGGUAGGAAAGAUAUUUUGACCACAUUAACAGAUUAUUGUACGACAUACUAUGUAAAAGACAAAAAAGAAGCUGGUAUUGUCUUAAUAAGUGAUGUGGAUGUAAUAUUUAAAGAGCACGAUAGAAUGUUUUGGAGUGCAUUAGAAAUGUUAUUAAUGAAGUCAAGGAAACCUGUUAUAUUAACUUGUACAGAUUCUGAAUAUAUACCGUCCAAUCUAGUUGAUAUAUGCGCAUCCGGUGAUUCAUUAUUCAAUGUGAAGAAAGUUUCUUCAAGAUCAGUCCUGGAAUAUUUGACAAGAUAUUGCAGUAUCUUAGAAUUAGAUAUAAGUAAAGAUGUUUUGCAAAACAUCGUGAAAGAUAACAAUAAUGAUAUCAGAAAAUGUUUGCUACAAUUACAAUUUUGGUUUAGUUCAGGUACCAAAAUUAAUAUGUCAUCGAAUAAACUGCCAUCGAUAACCAGCGAUAUAACUGAUAUUAAACUGAUGUACCGUUUACUUGAUAUCAACUCUAUAGAUGACAUAAUUUUAUCAAGUACAUGGGAUAAGUCAAGAAUCCAACAGGAAGAUGAUAAUACGUUAAUGACAAAUGACAUUGUUAUGAAGUUCAUAGAGAGGAAAGACGAUGAAGAGUUUCGCCUCGCAAAUGAUUACAUUAUAGAUUAUAGGAUACACACCCAAUAUUAUAACCAUUUACCAAUUUUACCAUUUGAGUUGAAUGUGGGUGCAGAACUGAAGCAAAUGUUAAUUCAAUAUAAUAAUCAUUUUCUGCCUAACAACUAUAAGUUCCCUCAUAAAUAUAAUAAGAUGAAGAAGGCAAUGAUAUCUUUCGUAGAAACACGAUUGAAACAUCCUAUUAACUCUACAUAUACAAAGAUAAGAAGUACCAGGAACUCACGCAAGAUUCAAAAUAUAGUUGAUAUGUUCCAAGGAGAGAAAAAUAAUGGACAAGUAGUUGACGACCGAGUAAGUUUAGACAUGGCUUAUACUACGAAAAGAAAUAUAUGUGAACAAAUCAAUCCUUUUGUACAUGAGAUUGCAAAACAUGAACUAGAGUCUAGAGAGUAUAACAAUCAAUUGUAUAGAAUCUCUGUUGAAAAUGCAUCACCAGAAGAACAUGAUGAAAUUGUUAAAAGAUUGUUUGAGGAAAGAUUGACGAAACAUUUAAGAUUCUCCGCUAACAGUGAUAAAGUUGUGAGUUGCUGGAAAUAG